CAGCCCGCCCAGCGCGCCCGCCGUGUGCGCGAUGCCGCCGGCGCCGCUCCGCUGAGGCGGCAGCGGCGGCUCUGACGACUCGCGGCCAGCGGCGGGGCCCCGCGGGCCUCUGAGUUGAUUAUGGAAGAGGUGCACAAGAGCAGCAGCAACAGUUCAGUGACUCCUUCACAAACGUCAGCCGUACAAGGUACAACACUACAGGCAGCUCAGCUCUCUCAUAUUGCUCAACAGAUGUCUCUGAGAGGUCCUGCUCCCCUGACAGUUGUUCAGCUUCCUGGAGAACAGGUCCAGGUCCAGGGAGUCAUUCAGACGGCUCAGUCCUCCUCGGUAAUCCACUCACCUCAGGUGCAAACAGUGCAGGUGUCUUUGUCUGAGAGUGAGGAUUCUCAGGACUCAUCAGACAGCAUCGGCUCUUCACAGAAGGCUCGAGGCAUCUUAGCGCGCCGCCCGUCGUACCGGAAAAUUUUGAAAGAUCUUUCUUCUGAAGAUACCAGGGAUAGAAAAGGAGAUGAGGAGAGUCCUGGUGUCUCUACUGUCACCUCUAUGUCCAUUCCCACGCCCAUCUACCAGACGAGCACUGGACAGUACAGUACGUUACACAAAAUAGUUGCCAUCGCUGCCAACGGCCUCCAGCUGUCCAGCCCCAGCGCCGACGGCGUGCCGGGCCUGCAGACACUAACCAUGACCAACGCCGGCGGCUCCCAGCCCGGGACGACCAUCCUGCAGUACGCACAGACCUCUGACGGGCAGCAGAUCCUGGUUCCCAGCAACCAGGUGGUAGUGCAGACCGCCUCCGGGGACAUGCAGACCUACCAGAUCCGCACCACGCCGACCACCACCUCCCUGCCACAGGCCGUGGUGAUGACAUCUCCUGUCACUCUCACGUCACAGACAAGUAAGACAGAUGACCCACAGCUGAAACGAGAAAUAAGGCUGAUGAAGAACAGAGAAGCUGCCCGGGAAUGCCGCAGGAAGAAGAAAGAGUACGUCAAGUGUCUGGAAAACCGAGUUGCGGUCCUGGAGAAUCAGAACAAAACUCUAAUCGAGGAGCUAAAAACUCUGAAGGACCUUUACUGCCAUAAAAGCGUGUAAGAAAAGGAAAGGAAAGCCAAAACUUCUGUGGGACUGUUGAAAUUUCAGAGGAGAACAAUUUGGGUUUUUUUUAUAUGCUGAAUUUUUUUAAACUAGAUGAAAGGUCAAAACUGAAACUUUUCUACCUGGAUUUCACAAGGGAGAGACUACAGGGAUGUUAUUUACAGCGUGUUGCUGACAAAGUACACAAAGAAAACAAGAAAACCUCACCCAAAUUCCUGCUGGCACAACUGGAAACUUGCUCAAAGUCAGGAUUGCUUCUGCAGUGAGAGGACAGUGGCGCUGGACAAGGCGGGUGGUGAGAAUCCCUUGGGCAGUUCCUGCGAACGCCUCUCGUGACAGGGCGAGAUUUGGUUACACUGAAAACGUGGGUGAUGUGGAACCCUUGCCAUAGCUGACAUUAUUAGCACCAUUUAUAACCAGUGUAUGUUUUGCUUUCUUUCUCUUUUUCAGUCCUUUUUUUCAGUUACUUGUAUGUAAAUACCUUUAUUUUAGCCUGUAAGUUGUCCUUUACAGGUGCAGAUGGUAAGAAGAAAGCUGAUUCUUUGCUAGAGGUAUAACUUAUGUUUACUCUUCUCAGCUGGCAGAUUAAGGGUGGGGGUUUCUUUUCCCCAGUGUUUGCUGUGUUUAUCCAGUUUGGAAAGGAUCUGCUGAAAGCAGCCCUGAAAACAUCCCAGGCACAGGGAAGAAGGGGUUGAGCUUUCUCAGGAGAGUUGGACACAUCCAGUGGUUUGGAAGUGUUGGCAGAAGGAGUGCUGGUGGGCAGAAGCUUCUGAAGAACGAUUUCACAAGGAGUUUUGUUCUGGGCUUUGAUCAGCAUCUUGAAGAGUAAAUGGUGUGCUGGUGGUUGUGUACAACUAAACCCUCAUCUUGCUCUGCCUGGAGAUUCUCCUGUGGCUUUGAAACCUUUAAACCAAAUAGAAGAAGGAGGAGAGAGUGAAAAACCACAACAGAUAAAUACCAAAGGGUGACUGAGGUUCUAACCUAUGCUUUCUGUGCUGAAGGUAGGGCAAAACUUCCAGGUUCAUUUUGUAAGGUAGCUGAUUAUUUUGCAAAGCAGCAGAAUCUUUGUAAGAAGAUAUUCUAUUGAAAACAGGUAGAGGGUUGGUAUAUUUUGUAGCUCAGUGGUGACCUUCACGACCCCUGACAGGGAGUUUAUAGAUGUAUUUUGACAGUUUCUAUAUUUCAUUUUAGUAAACAAAUGAAAUAUUUUGUGAACCAAGAUUUUGGAGCAUCUAUUUUUUAUGGAUAGUUACAAAGUCAAAUGAGAUCCUCUUUGGUGUAGGAGAUAUUUGAAGUAAUUUUGUAUGUCUGUAGGCAACUUGCAAAGAAAUGGUAAGGAUCCUAAAAGGGUGUCGAGACAAAACUCCCCCCACAACAGAUCAGGGCUUUUUCAUCCCCACAGUUGAUGCUAUCUGCACAUUAGGUCUGAUUGCUAUCACAGAUUCUAGCUUGUAUAGUUUUGUUUCAGGUGAAAAUUAAAUGUUUGAGGUGAUCAGGACUCUUUUGGGUAGGGAAUCUCCAGUCUGGAUGUGGUUCCUGGCCACCAGCUCAAGCAGGGGCCUGGAGGAGGUGACCUGCAGCUGCCAGUCCAACCUCGGCCUCUCUGUGAAAUAGACACAAAUGUGUGUGCAGUGCUUCUUGCAUGAGUCAUAAACACACUCUUUCCCAUAGUUAGGGUGGAAUCCUGCUUCCAGUUCUGUCAGCAGGAAUUGCACCAUGGACUGUGCUGGUCAAAAGGUGUCUGAGCUCCCUCUGCCUGUUGUGCUCGCUCCCAUUGGAACGGAGUUCUGAGGUGUACUCACUCCCUGGGUGUGUAAAGGUUUCCCUGUGGGCAGCCAGAUUUUACCUUACUCCUCUGGGGAUGAAUGGAGCAGGCAGAGUUCUUUGCAAGUGGCAUGAGAGAGGCUGCAUUCCACAGCCACACUGGCAGUGGGCUGGUUGUUCCACAUGGGAUCCACGAUGCCUUUCCUUUAGGACAGGCUGGAGCAGAGUGUUUCCAGGAACCUUGAGUGAGGGUGAGCAAGUCCUGCCCUUGGGGAACUGCUCCAGACGAGGCCUUUGGUGCCUCUGCUUUUUCUCUGUUAGCAGAGUGCCAGGACAAACGAACCCCCAGGGUGUGCUCAGCACCCCACAGCGUCGGAACCUUCCCGCUCCGUCUCCCGUGGCGGAUGGGGAAGAGGGUUUGACCUGCAGUUCUCAAACUCUGUAGCUCCUCUGUAUGGUGUUUUGAUCCUCACUGUGUGCUGUUGUUCCUUUACCUUCUCUUGUAAUACAGAAGAAUAAUCAAAACAAGCUAUCAAGUGUUAAGCCUGUAAAAAGAAACGGUGGAUGCAGCAAGCGAGGCGAGCGGAGCGCUGCCACACACGAGAGUGGAUUGUUAUCCUCUUAAAACAGCAUUUGGGGAAAGAGCAGCUUCUUUUUCUCAUCAUAGAACUAUUAAACAGUAACCUGAGUUGGCUCUUUAAGUAAUCACUGAUGAUGAUGAUGAAGUACCUAUUUUGGAUUUGCUUCAAAGGCUUAGAUUGUAAGGGAGUUGAAAUCUAUAUCCUGAGAGUAAGAGAGACAGAACCUAAUACUGUCCUGCUGGUGACUUGCAGAGAGUGACACGCUUUCUAUGAUCUGUAAAUACUUGUUGGAGCAAUUAGAUGGUUGCAAAUGUUGACCUUCGUAAAUAAAAGUCGCCAGAAGAUGGUUGUGA